CCCCGUGGAAGCGAAGACCCUCACGAUCCGCGCGGGGGAAGGAAGGAGCCCUCCCAGGGCACGAGCCGCUCCUCCUGGAGGCGAGGAAAGCCCGGCCCGGCCCGGCAGAGGCUCCAGAAGGAGAAGGGGCGAUCCCCGCGGAGGAAGCGGAGCGGACCGCCCCGCGCGCCUCGCCCCUCCAGCCACACUCUCAGCACUUCGGGACUUUCGAGGCAAAGAGAAAGGGGGCAAACCUAUGGCAUAGGCACCCUCCAUCCUCGCCGGUACUCACAGAAGCAGAGGACCCUCCAGGGAAAGAAGAGGAAUCGGCUUUCAGCCUUUCGGGAGAGGGGAAGGACUCCCCCCAACUUCCCCGCACCUAGACAGUGGAACAGGGCAGAGCCCCUCAGCCCCGGUCUCUAGCCGACCCGAGGAGCCCUCCACUCCUGAAAGAUCCAGUUGGGGGGGGAGGGGAACUCCCCCAAGGGGGAGGAGACAACUCCUGGCUGGGAGAGGCUCCUCCCCUCCUCCCCAGCGUGACAGGCAGGGUGUGGGGGGUGUGCCACCUUCCCCAGGUAGGACCUCCUUCUCCUCCCCCGCCCCCUCCCUCCGCUCCUCAUCCUCAGGGGACCCAGGUCCCCCCCCCAGCUUGGGAGGCUCAGCCAAGCCCAGGAAGAGCCACUGAGGAUGAGACGGUUCAUCUGCCUUUGAAGAGGGGGAUCCCUCCAACCCCAAACUCCAGUACCAGGUGGUUCCCUCCCUUUGCUGGGGGAACCUUGGAGACAGAACCCAGAAGAACCAUGGCUUCUGACCUAGAGAGUAGCCUCACCUCCAUAGACUGGCUCCCUCAGCUGACCCUCCGAGCUACCAUUGAGAAGCUUGGGAGUGCCUCCCAGGCUGGGACUCCAGGGGGCAGCCGCAAGUGUCCACCAGGCUCACCCACAGAUCCCAAUGCCACCCUGAGCAAAGAUGAGGCAGCAGUCCACCAGGAUGGCAAACCACGAUAUAGCUACGCCACCCUCAUCACCUACGCCAUCAACUCCUCUCCAGCCAAGAAGAUGACCCUCAGUGAGAUUUACCGCUGGAUCUGUGAUAACUUCCCCUAUUACAAGAAUGCUGGCAUUGGUUGGAAGAAUUCAAUUCGGCACAACCUUUCUCUCAACAAGUGUUUCCGGAAGGUGCCCAGACCUCGGGAUGACCCUGGGAAGGGCUCUUAUUGGACUAUCGACACUUGUCCUGACAUCUCCCGAAAGAGAAGACACCCUCCAGAUGAUGAUCUGUCCCAGGACUCACCAGAACAGGAGGCAAGCAAGAGCCCCCGGGGAGGUGUUCCAGGGAGUGGAGAAGCCUCACUGCCUCCUGAGGGGAAUCCUCAGAUGUCAUUGCAGAGCCCCACAUCUAUCACCAGCUAUAGCCAGGGCACAGGAUCUGUGGAUGGUGGAGCAGUGGCUGCAGGGGCUCCAGGCCGAGAGAGUGCUGAAGGUCCCCCUCCCUUGUAUAACACCAACCACGACUUCAAAUUCUCCUACUCAGAGAUCAAUUUUCAGGAUCUGAGCUGGUCCUUCCGCAACCUCUACAAAUCCAUGCUGGAGAAGUCCUCUUCCUCCUCUCAGCAUGGCUUUUCGUCUCUCCUGGGGGACAUGCCGCCCUCUAACAACUACUACAUGUACCAGCAACAGCCACCGCCACCUCAACAGCAGCAACAGCAGCAGCCACCACAGCCACAGCCCCAACAAGCACAGCCACAGCAACAGCAGGCACCAGCCCAGGGCCCCUCAACUGUAGGGGGUCCUCCUCCACUGCACACCCCAAGCCCAGAUGGUUGUACCCCACCAGGGGGGAAGCAGGCUGGGGCGGAAGGCUAUGGGCCUCCCUCUGUGAUGGCCAUGCAUCCGCCCCCACUGCAGCAUGGAGGUUACCACCCUCAUCAGCACCAUCCCCACUCCCACCCUGCCCAGCAGCCUCCGCCACCACAGCCACAGGCACAAGGCCAGGCUCCUAUCAACAGUACUGGUUUUGCCUUUCCUCCUGACUGGUGCUCCAAUAUCGACUCCUUAAAGGAAAGCUUUAAGAUGGUGAAUCGGCUCAAUUGGUCCAGCAUUGAGCAGUCACAGUUCUCAGAACUGAUGGAGAGUCUACGGCAGGCAGAACAGAAGAACUGGAGCCUGGACCAGCAUCACAUUGCCAAUCUGUGUGACUCCCUCAACCACUUCCUUACUCAGACUGGUCACAUGCCCCCCCAAGGGGGCUCCCACCGGCCACCAGCCCCUGCCCGUAUUGCUGACUCCUGUGCCCUCACCAGUGGCAAACAAGAGCCAGCCCUGAACCAAGUGAAUUCUUAUGGGCACCCACAAGCCCCCCACCUCUACCCUGGCCCAUCACCAAUGUACCCAAUCCCCACCCAGGACUCAGCAGGAUACAACCGCCCAGCACACCAUAUGGUCCCUCGGCCACCGGUUCCACCUCCUGGUGCCAAUGAGGAGAUCCCUGAUGACUUCGACUGGGACUUAAUCACUUAGUGCAUCACGGAGUGUGACUGUCAGCCCAGGGCUGGGUGGUGAAGCCUGGCAGUGGGGAAAGAGAAGCCCCAGCCCAUCCCUUCUCCCCUUGCCUGUAUAUAGAUAUAUAUCCUCUUGUUUUGUUCUUUCUCUGUCAGAGAAGCCACCGCAAGAUGCUGCCGAAGAUAACCCCUCUUUCCUGCCUCAUUCUUCCUCUUUCUUCUUGUUUUUCCCCUUAAUUCUUUUAUUAUUCUUCUUAUUAUGUUAUUAUUAUGAUUAUUGGUUAUAUGUGGUCCCCUGUCUCCUGUCCCUAUACCAUCAACCAUGUGCACCCCUUACUAAUUUAAAAUCAUCUGGCUGGAAGGUGAGGCUGUGAUAGCUACAGAGAAAGGUUUCAAACUUGGGUUUACCUUUCUCUCUUUCUUUUUUUUUUUUGGAUUUACCUUUCUCUCUGAGAUAUUCAAUGCUAAUCACACCUUUCAGCCUUAAAUUGUUUUCUGUUCUUAUCAAUUCAGUCCAGGACUGGGGAGGCCACAUUAUCAAGUAGAAGGAUCUCAAACACUGCUUGGCAGGUGUGACUUUGCAGGUUUUACUCAAUGGUGCUAAUUUUGUCCUCUGAGCUCUUCCCUGUCCCUUCAUAUUUCCAGUCCUUACUUCUGGCGAUACUCAUUCCCCAUCAAGGGUAGGAGUGAUGGUGGUGGUGCCGGAAGGUGACGGCAGAACCCUAGUGGAAUGAGGCCCGGGUCGGGUGGAGUAGAAUACUGCAGCGGGGUGAUGGAGUGUAAGACACUCAGUAACUGGUAUAUAAUACUGUGUCAAAUCAACGUCCAUCGGCUCGUUCCUAGGCCAUUCUCUAAGGGAGAUGGGGCAGGUCAAGCCUGAGCUUUGCAGCUGUGGGAGGGAUGAAGACAACUAUUCAGCAUAGGGUCAGCUUUUUGGAGGUGUUUUCAGUUAAACCAUUUUGGCUUUUUAAACGUAAUUUUCUCUGAAAAUUAACUGUGGCUCUUUUCUGCAAUUACAGACUAUUCUUCAAUCCCUUUCCCAUUCAGCAAAUAUUAUGCUGUCCUCCUUUGGUUGUUUGCUCAACUCUUCUACUCACUUCCCUCAUUUCCUCUCAUUUUCUGGCCUUCUCACAGUAUGAAAGUAACCCACUAUCACUCUUAGUUUCAUCAUGUCCUAGGACGGGAUGGGAUCAUGUCCCACCGAUCAUAGCAGAACCAACCCAAAUUGGUGGUAGGAGGGUGGGGAAGUGAAAAUGGAGCUGGCAUAGGCAUAGGAAGGAAUAUUUCAGUUAUUUAACUAUGUAGGAAAAUGCUUUGUGUUGGAUUCCAGACCAUUGGGGAUGAAACGUUUGCAGUAGUCUUUUGAGGGGGUGAAGGAAUUUGGUAGUGCGGAGUAAAUAAUCCAGAGGGAAGUGUUCCAUGAGGGAGACCCCCAGAAAAAGAUAUAGGGAUAACUUAUCUCCUUUAACAAGGAGUGGCCAUGAUUUAUUGCUGCAGAGUAUUUAGUGUAUAUUUAAUGUUAAUUGUUGAAUUUUAGUUGUGGGUGGGAAGAACAGUUUUACUUUUAUUUCUCUGAAUGUUUAGUUCCUGAAAGCUACAGGACAAAGUGUAUGGAAUGGACAGGGCCACUCUCUCUGAUUUCUGCUUUUUGUUCAUAUUCUUUAAUUUACUGAUGAUUUCCAAGAAAUUUAACUUUUCACUCUCCUGCUUUUCCCCCUCUUCCACCCCUUCCUUUCUUUGUAAGGGGGUUAUAUAUGAGAGUUUGUUGAAGAUGUCCAGUGAGGCUGACGUAAAGGGGCAGGAAAGGGCAGUUGACUAAAGAGCACUUUAUUUCUUUGAAGUUCUUUGUAAGAGGUGGGGGUGGGAGUGGCUUGAAUCCCCCCACUGUGUUGGAGGGCAGUUAGUGGGGUUGAAGUAUGACACAAUAUUUCCUACUGGGGAAAGGAGAAUUUCCCUUAGAGGGUGGCACAAUGCCUUUGCCAUGUUCCUAUUUUGGGCAUCUCUUCCUUUUCCUUCCAAUCAAGGUGCCUCCUUCAUACAACUUCCCAUCUGUUCUCCCUAAGAUAUCCCCUUUACAUAUUAUCACUCCUCUUUUGUAAACCCCUUUUCUACUCAGAUCCAGACAGGGUUUGCAAGGGUAGACUAAAUCAUACAUGUUAAUGUCCCUUGUUUAUAAUUCAUCUGUGUCUUAAAGAAAACUAGUCUCAUUAAGAACUCUGGUGGGCUGCCAGACUAACUGAAGUUUGGGGCUAGGGCUGGAGAUUGUCCAUCAAGGCCUCCUUGGACUUAAGGUCCUCUCCACUAAACUCAGCCUUGCUCAGUGGCACAGGACAAAUCUGACCCUCUUUGGGCCUUAGUUCCCCAUUCCCCACCCUGAAAUGGAAGAAUACUACUUUUUCUUGUUGGUUCAGCACUGCUGGACUGGAAGUAUAGUCGUUGUUGUAUUGGGUGAUGUGUGCAAAACUGCAGGAGCUCACUGCCUGCUAGAGGAAACAAGGGGGAAAGUGGAGCAGAGGGACAGAAGGAGCAAUUACUUGGUGUAGAUCCACCCAUCCCUGCCUUCCUCUCUUCAACCCCUAUGUUUCUGGUUUGGUGAGUCCUUCCUACCACUCAUAAUGCUUUGCAUUGGUGCAGGCUGGGAAGGGGGGGUAUGGUCUCACAAUUGUUGUUGUUGUUUUUUUGCAUGCUUUCUUAAUAAAAACAAAGAAGAAUGUU